CUGCUGCCUUUGUUGGAGGUUUUUGAGAAAUGAUUGUCUAAAUUCUAAAAACAUGUCAAUGCGGAAAUUUAUUCAUUUUCAAAUAGAUCUUGAAAACGCACAAAAUUUUGUUAUGCACUAUUACAGUAGAUUUACCCUGUUUAAUAUAUAUCAACAAGAUUAUUAAAAAAAUUACCAAUUGUUUUACUUUAUUUAAUAUCGUGAAACUAAUCAAAAUUUCCACUUCCUAACAUAAAUUGAGUGGGAACAUUUUUUACGCGAGGGGAUUUAUUUGUGAUUCUGUCAGCUCCAAUUUUGCGCUGUCUUGAUAACGUCGCAGAUGAUGUUUUACCGGCCAACACUAGGAUGUUUAACCUUUAACAUUACGGCAUUUAAUAAUUCUGUACCUUUGACUUUAAAAAUUAUAAUCUAGUUUAGAUCGUAAUUAGCAGAAUCUCUGAAAAUUUAUUUCACCGGUAAUUGAUAUCACAUAAAGGACAAGCUGGGUAAUACUGUGUCAAGUUUUUUCACAAUGGAUCCGGAAAAUUGUGCAUCUUAUCAAGAGAUUAUAGCAGGAAUACAAAAGAAGGAGUUGAUAGUUGUUGAUGUGAGAAGUCCCCAUGAAAUAGAAGGUUCUGGAAAAAUUGAAUGUGAUAGGUGGCUGAAUAUACCAAUCGCAGAAGUGAAAAAUGCUUUUUCAAUGGAUGAUGAUAGUUUCAAAUCAAAGUAUGGUAUAGCCAAACCUAAGAAAGAAGAUUCUGACCUAAUUUUUAACUGUGGUUCUGGCAAACGCAGUGGUAUGGCUAUAAACGAUGUCAAAAGUUUGGGAUACACCAAAGCUCGCCAUUAUCCUGGGGGUUAUGGAAAAUGGAAACAAGAACCUCUAUAAGUAUUAUGUGAAGAAGGUCUUGGCUAUCAGUCAUGGUUAUGUGUAUUUUGUAUAUCAUCCUGACAAAACAUAUUUUUCAGUUUGAAGCGUAUCAAUUUCAUAUUCACACUUUCAUCUUUUGCAUUCCAUAAUUUCUAACUAGUGGAACAUAUAUUUUUAACUUCUUUCGAUAAUGUUGAGGCUAUUGAGAUUUGAAAUUUCACUUUUAGUUUUUUUCGUAAAGGUUGACAGACUGACAGUAAUUUAGUUGUAUUUGUUACUUAUUUCAUGACAUCCAAAAAGAUAUACCGCCCUAUUCCUAUUAGCUCAUGAUAGUUUUUGUUUUACAUAUUUGCACUUCUAUUCUCAGGUUUAUAGCUCUGCAUUAUAGUCUUGAUUUUUAUACAAUUAGGAAAUUGUUAACUUUAUAUUGAUGAAUAAUAUUAUUAUUGAGACUUGCCAAUUUGUUAUACUUUAAACAUUGACUUGCCAUCCUUUUGCCAUAGACAAUUAAAAAUGUCUAUUUAAAUAAUUUGAUAUUCUGGCAAGUAAAUAUCAGUUUAAACUGAAUUAUUGUGACUGCCUUAUCAAAUUCAGUCAAAAACAGUUUACAUUCAAUUUUAAAAUAUACAUGUAUUCAAUAUUCAGAAUCAGAAACAAGUUUUGGGUGUGUAUAAGCAUUAGUACAUUCUUCUUCUUUGACCAUCCUUGGCUACAUCAUAUAUAUUUAUAAAUUAUAUGUAUUUUAUGACA